UCUGAUGGCACAUGUACUAUGGAAAAACAAGUCUUCCUGUCCUUAUUUACCGCUCACCUAUUAGAUUUAGCCGAAUGUCUUUGGGACUCUUACGCAAGUGGAUCAGAACUAGUUUUGCACGAAUAUGCAAGGAUAGUUGAAGAUCUUGAAUAUGAAAGGCAAAAGGUGCGAUAUUUUGUGGGACUUCUUGCCUAUGAAGAAAUUCCUCUAGGAAAAAUAAAUACUUUACUAUCUUGGUUUACUCUAGGAACUUUGAAGUCGUCCCCCUUAGUAAAAGCUGUCAUUGAUUCUUUAGUUAAUCAUUCAGCAAAUGAUAACGGCGAAUCCGCAUCCUUUUCUAAAGAGGCACUUAUAACAUGGCUGCUGAGAAACCUACCGGAUAUUGCAGAUGAUCUAGCAUCUAUUGUUUCAUAUUCGCUACACGGCGGCGAGUGCAUCUCUACCAGCUUUACAUUACUUAGCGAAUAUGGUGGAAUAUUAAUGCAACCGGAUACAAUUUGGCUCCUCUCUGCUUCCUUAUCUCCUCCGUUUAAACGCUGUGGUGACACAGCGUUGAAAGGCGGCGCCCCACUACAAGCAGAACAACUAUCGCAUCUCAGAUGUCUUUUUAACAGCGCAUCUGAUGGGCUUAGUUUAACUAGAAUAGUAGAAACAUCAUUUGAUUAUGAUGGUCCUCUUCUUCUUCUACUCAAAGCAGGCGAUAAUUCGUUUUGUUUUGCCUGCGACGAAGGCCUAAAGAAUUCUUGGAACCCGUAUGGAGACAGGGACUCUAAAGUGCUACAGCUAGAACCCAGGACUUCAAAGAGGGGUUUUCUGGCUGGGCAUCGUCCUUUGGAAUCACCUGUGCUCGAAAUUGACGAAAAUUUUCUAACUGUCCGAAUUACCGGUGGUCUUCCAGUCAAAAUUGUGAGUGUUGAGAUUUGGGCCGCCGGAGCCCCAACACAUUUGGCUAAACUGAGGGACCUCAAAAAAUGGAAUGCGAAA